AUUAUAAAUUUUUCACUUCUAAUCUAUACUGGCCCAUGAAUGCGGUUUAUCCAGGUAUGUGAGGUUGGGAAUCAUUGUUAACUAAUAAUUGAUAAUAAAAUCAGAUUCCUUUUUUGUGUUCCAUCUUCUGUUAAACUCUUUAAUGAAGUUCAUCAGAUAUCUUUCAGUUACAUUUGCUACACUUGGUGAGAACACCAGAUGAUGUCCCUGGAUGUGCUUAUUAGUGCUGGUGUUCCGUGGUGCAGCUCGAGAAUUUGUUGUCACUUCCCAAGAGCUUAUCACUCGGGGUUCAGUCCUGAAUAUUAUUGUGGAGAUGCUGCUGAUAUGGCUAAUACUGAAUCGUCGAGUGUUGCAAGAGAAGCUGCAAUACAUAGUGCAGCUAUUAGGUGUCCUCCAAUGGUGUCUCGCUUCCAGUUAUCAUAUGAUCUUGCAGUCUCGUUAUGUUCUAGGUAGGAGAUGUGGCAUUGUCCAUAUUGCACAGUAUGGUAGCCGCUCAUUCAGAUAUAGAUGAUGCUGGAGAGAUUGUUACACCAACCCCCAGAGUAAAGAGGAUCUUGUCAAGCUCACGUUGUCU